AGUUAUGAGAUUGAUCACUGUUCGUUAUCUUCACCUUUAAAAUUUGAUACAUGAAAAGAAUUGUAAGAGGGGAAGUAAUACUUUAUCUAGCAAAAUCCUGAUCCCGUAUGUUAAUAAAGCUAUAAACUUUACAAACGUGGUAUUAUAAUCCUAUUGUAGGCAUUGCUCUACAAGUUAUGAUAAAUAAAAUUAGACAUGUCUGUUGUAGAAUGGCUGAAAAUUCAUGUCUGAACACGUGGGGGAUUGGCGUGUAACAGGAUGAUGGCGUAAUCUGUCAGUUGCAAAGGAUCAUCUCCUUUUUCUAACAAAGGCCAAGGAAUAUUGCUACACAGAGAUAAGAUGACAAUGGAGAAGCGGAAGUAAUGCUGGUUGUCGUAAAUUUGAGUUGCUACAUGUAGUUUGCCGUUUACAUAUAUGUUCAGUACAAUUAUCCAAAUAUGAUACAGAAAUGGAAGACUCUGGUGUCUUUUAUUCGGAGUUCAUUGGGAUAUAUCAAAUCGACAUAUGAAUGAAAAUGUUAAUGCAUGGAUAAAACGUCGUCGAUAUAUCUAAAUGUCGAACUGAAGGUCACAGCAAAAUAUUUUUUCUUCUCAUAUAUGUUUUGAAUAAAUUCUACCUCAUAAGAAUACAAAAACAAGUCAGCUAAUAAAUGGGCAUUCUAACAGACUGUUGGAAGACCUGAUCACCAAAAACUAGGUAAAUAUUGUCAAUGACGAACUCUGGCAUCUUUUUUUUUAAAUUUUUUUUUUUAUUUCAGAGUACUUGUGCAUAGAAUCAGAGUGUUGUUUAACGAAGUAAUUUUUGGACGACUAAGCACAAUAUAUGAAAGUUUCCGUGUUCCGUCUAUAACCUUGCAUAACAAUGGUUAGAGAUUUAAUUACCCCCAGAAGGCACAAUCAAGAUAGAUAGAUUGACAGUAACAUACUAGUGGUCUCUGAGAAAUAGUUACAAUGAAUAUAGAACUGGGACAAAAAGUCAAUUAAUCCGUCAUCACAGCUACACGUGUUAUAUAUGUGAAAUACCGGUAUGAACAACAAAACUCUCAACUAUUUAGUACAUGCGUUCUGACCACACCAACUAACACGAUACUCAUACCUUUGGACAACCAUGCUUCCUGCCUUUAAUUUCAUUUUCCUAUACAUGUUAAUAAUCGACUGUUGUUCUGGAUAUGUUAGAAACGCAUAUAUGAGGGAUAGCGAGCCCUUAACUUGUGUGAAUAAGGUAAGUCUUCCUAUUGCUGCAAUAUGAUAUGUAUAUUUCUUUCUAGAAUUGGUGCUUCACACUAAUUAAUUUCAAUGUUUUCAACGGUAGGAAGAAAUAUGAAAUAGACGGAGAAGUGUUUUUAUAAUAAAAUAAAUACCAUAGAUUAGAAAUGAUAUUUUUAACCAAACGUGAAAUUCAGAUUACACAAGAAAAGAAGACAAGACAGAGUUAGAAACUUUAUCCUUUUCUUAUUGAUUUAAUAUAAAAAAAAAAUCAAUGAAAAUAAAUCAAAUUUUGGGCAAAUCAGUGAAGAAACAUUGCUUUGAAAGGAAAUCUUUAGAAUCUGAUUAGAUUAGAUUCAGAAUCAAGCAAUACAAAUGAGAAGGUGAUGACGACGAACAGCGAUCAUUCCCAUAAGGAAUGCAAAAUUAAGAGUUGUGCAAACACGUCGUUAGGUGUUUGAUUAGCUAAUUUGUUGUUUCAAAAUUUCAUGAUGUGGUAAAGACUGUUUCAAAUAUAAUCAUGCAUAAUAUAAUGAAACGAUAAGAAAAUGAAAGAAAUAAAACCCGCAUCAUUGCGGAUUAUCACUUUUAUGUUCGGACAAGGUGCAAGUUGUGAUAGUUUUAUGUGUUCAUGUAACAGACGCAUGGGUCAUUGCAGGGUCUAUAUCUUUAUUACUUUGACCAUGGUUUUAUGAGUGGCUGUCAGUGCUGUUUAACCGGUGAUGAACAAAUUGAUAUGAUAGACGCAAUUCAAAAUAAGGAAUUCAUGCAAGGAUAUCCUAGAAUAAAAGGUCCACGUUCUGUAAAUGAUCGCAUCGCUAUUGUUGGAGCUGGUCCGGCAGGACUACACAUGGCAUACGAGCUCAAGAGGCGUGGAUUUAGAAACAUUGUUAUAUUUGAAAGUCGAAAUGAGGUAGGAGGGAAAACAACUUCGAGACUUUACAGAAAUGUGUGGCAUGACCUUGGAACUGUGGGUCUGACAGUCAGCUACGAUAUAACUUUGAGUUUGCUGGAAAAAUUCAACGUAGGAUUCGAUGUCAGACCAGAAAUCCCCAGUUCGACGUGGCUUAACAGACAAGAAUUCAAGUCCAGCAUUGAAGCCUUGCCAGUAUCUAUACCGAGGUUAGCAGAGGUAUCUGAGCGGUACAUUGCCUUACAUAGAUGUUUUUUCGGUACAUAUGAUGGGGAACUAAUGCCUCGACCAUCUCCAGAUAUCUUGUAUAGGGUGCGAGGUACAGUUGACGAAUUUCUAGUGAGAUAUAAUCUUACAGAACUACAGCCACUGUUCUUUAUCGUUUUCACUCUUAACGGAUAUGGUUACUUGAAUGAGACAUCAGCGCUAUAUGGAUUAACAUUUCUAACUCCGACAGUAUUGAGAUCCUUUUUUACACCGGAGAGAGGGGCGUUCCGUCUAAGUGGAGGAUGGCAAAAUCUCUGUCGUGAAAUAGCAAGACAAACAAACGUCGAAAUUCGAUUAAAUGUGAAUAUAAAACAAAUUCACAGGAAUAAAGGUAUUCGACUCUUUUUCCAAGACAAAUAUUCACCGGCCUUACAUAUGGACAAAUUCGAUUUUCUCAUUCUUUCUCCAUCAAUGAAUUCAUUAUUUGACAUCGUGGACUUUAAUCAACAUGAAUUAGGAAUAUUUGGACACUUGAGACAUUUAUUUUUCUUGAAGACUAUCGUUAAUUCCAUCAGUCCUGGCAGAAGGGCCUUUUCCCCGAUCGAAAUUUUUCCAUAUGACUUACAACGAGUGGAAUAUUCCAUGUAUCGAAAAAUUAACCCACAUCAGGCUGAAAAUAAUGUGACUGGUCUUGACUAUCAGUUAGGACGACGAGAAAACACUGAUAAAGAUGGCAGCACGUACGAAACAAGUGUAUAUAAUCAGUUUGGAAAAUCAAAUCCUUGGAGGAAAGAUGUAAAUGCUGAUAUUCAAAGAAAACUAUUUCAACAUCUACGAGAUUUCAACAAAGUCAACCCCCAAAUUGUCGAGCAGGUGAAGUGGGGGUACUACUUUCCAAAUUUCCCUCCGGAAGCUAUCACUGGGGGUGCAUUGUGGGAUGUUCUAGAUAUGCAAGGGAUGUAUAAUACAUGGUAUAUAGGAUCAUCUGUUUCGUUUGAUGCAAUAGAAAGUGUCUUUGAAUAUAAUCAAUUAUUGUUGAAACAAUUUUUCUGAAUCAGAAAUGCGUAAAACCAUUGAGAAUCUUGCCUGACUGUAGAACAUUAUGCCGAAAAUAAAGCAGGAUUUUGGUUU